AGCAAAAAAAUUGGGUAUAACUGUACGAAACCGUAAAAGCAACGAAUUGCAGUUCCAACUUCCACCGCCACGCCACGCCACGCCACGUCACGUCUUCACACGCUUAUUCAAGUUCUUUCACCAUCAGACUCUCUCACCCAUCUUCCAUCCAUACACCCACUUCGAUUCAAGCUUUUUCACCUUCGUUGCGACUUUUUAUUUAUUUGAUUAUUCUCAAUUUUGAUUUUUGAUUUUAUUCUUUUGAUUGAAUGCGAAAUCUGUUGAAUUGAGGGGAAACCGAAGGAAAUAUGGAAACGGAAAUGGAAACGGUGGUUGCCGAAAACGGCGGCGUUUCGUCGACGGAAACGGGGAACGGUGGUGAGGAUGUGUGCAGCUCUAGAGAUUCCGAUGCUUCUUCCGCCGAUCAUCUUGUUGUUAUGGUCCACGGGAUCCUUGGAAGUGCAUCGAAUUGGAAAUUUGCCGCCGAGGAAUUUGUCCGGAAGAUUCCGGAUAAAGUUUUUGUUCACUGUAGUGAGCGAAAUGCGGCAGGACUGACAUUGGAUGGCGUGGAUGUCAUGGGUGAUCGACUUGCUAAGGAGGUACUUGAAGUAAUCAAAAGGAAGCCUUCUCUGAGGAAAAUAUCUUUUGUUGCCCAUUCCGUAGGAGGGCUCGUCACAAGAUAUUGCAUCGGAAAAUUAUAUAGACCUCCACAAAAAGGAAGUGGAGAACAAGUAUCGAGUGCUGUUGAAGAGUCUAAGGGUACAAUAGCCGAUCUCGAACCUGUUAACUUCAUCACUGUUGCCACUCCACAUCUUGGUUCCAGGGGUAAAAAGCAGGUACCGUUUCUUUUUGGGGUAACUGCUAUUGAAACCCUCGCUGGUCAUGUAAUUCACUGGAUAUUUAGGAGAACUGGGCGACAUCUUUUUCUUACAGAUAAUGACGAAGGAAAGCCUCCAUUGCUAAAGCGCAUGGUGGAAGAUGGUGAAGAAUGCUGUUUUCUGUCUGCUUUACGAUCUUUUGAACGCAGGGUGGCAUAUUCAAAUGUUGGCUAUGACCAUAUUGUGGGGUGGAGAACAUCAUCAAUUAGACGCAAUAGUGAACUGCCCAAGUGGGAAGAUUCUGUUGACGAAAAAUAUCCACACGUUGUAUACGAAGAGCGGUGCAAGGCGUAUGACAUGGAGCAAUUGGAACCUACUACAGAAAAUGAUGGUUUAGACGAGAUCGAAGAGGAACUGGUGAACGGCCUCUCUCGUGUGUCGUGGGAGAAAGUGGACAUAAGUUUCCACACUAGCAAGUUAAAAUUUGCUGCCCACAGCAUUAUUCAGGUCAAAGACCAUCCAACACAUUCAGACGGCAUAGACGUUAUACAACAUAUGAUCGAUAAUUUUCUUUUAUAAGAGACCGAGACAUAUACAAUAUUCUCUCCUUUUCGAUUUGGUACUUUGAACAAUGGUUAUAAAUUUCAAUUAUGCAGGCUUCAGGCUCUUUGCAUCUUUGCAAGCCAAUUCGCGUAAUAUUCCGAUUAUUGCAUUUCUAUAAGAAAAUUCCACUGUAAAUCAGUUAAUGUAUGUCGGUUAAUUAUAGAAAUGUUACAUUUGAUGGAUCAAUUUAUAUUGUUAUAUUUAAUUGAUUCUACAAACUUAUUGAA